AUGGAGUCUGACGAGGCUGCUCGCCAGAACCUGAGCUGCAGCAUCAUGACCUUCCAUCCAAGCAUGGAAGAAUUUGCAGACUUCAACAAAUACAUCGCUCACAUGGAAUCGCAGGGAGCACAUCGAGCUGGGAUAGCCAAGGUGGUGCCCCCGAAGGAGUGGAGAGCCACGCGGUCCUACGCCAAGAUCAAGGGCAUGCUGAUCGCCACUCCGCUGCAGCAGACCGUGUCCGGAAGGGCAGGCGUCUUCACCCAAUACAACCAGCAGAAGGAAGCCAUGACGGUGGAGCAGUACGAACGUCUGGCGAACAGUGAGUCCUAUCGCACCCCAGCGCACCUGGAUUUUGAAGAUCUGGAGCAAAAGUACUGGAAGACGCGCACGUAUGGUUCGCCACCGGUUUAUGGUGCCGACGUGAGCGGCUCCCUGUUCGAGGAGAGCACGGAGGCGUGGAACAUCGGCCGCCUGGGGACCAUCCAGGACCUGCUGGAGCAGGAGUGCGGGGUGGUGAUCGAGGGCGUGAACAGGCCCUACCUGUACUUCGGCAUGUGGAAGACCACCUUCCCUUGGCACACGGAGGACAUGGACCUGUACAGCAUCAACUACGUGCACUUCGGGGCCCCCAAGACGUGGUACGCGGUGCCCCCCGAGCACGGCCCGCGGCUGGAGAGCCUGGCGCAACAGCUGUUUCCGGGCAGCGCGCAGGGCUGCAAGGCCUUCCUGCGGCACAAGCUGGCCCUCAUCUCGCCUCGCGUGCUGCGGGACACUGGCGUCCCCUUCGGUCGAAUGACCCAGGAAGCUGGAGAGUUCAUGGUCACCUUUCCCUACGGGUACCACGCUGGCUUCAACCACGGCUUCAACUGCGCCGAGGCCAUCAACUUUGCCACGCCGCGCUGGAUCGAUUAUGGCAAAGCGGCCUCGCAGUGCAGCUGCGGGGAGGCCAGGGUCAGCUUCUCCAUGGAUGUCUUCGUGCGCACCCUGCAGCCCGAGCAGUACGAGCAGUGGAAACGCAGGCAAGGCCCGGAGCUGGAGCAGGGCGCCGAGCCCGCGAGGCCUGCCAGGCGCGAGCCCAAGUCCAGGCCGAAGCAGAUGGCCAGCACCAAGCCGACGCCCAGGCCGCGGCGCACUUCCAUACGAGACCCGAGGCCCACAACAGAGGCCAAGCCCAGGCCCGAGCUGAGGCCCAGAAAGAAGCCAACCCCGAGACCGGAGCCAGGGCCUAGGCCACCGCUGACAACCAGCCCGGAGAUGUCACCCGAACCCGAGCUGCCCCCCACAUGCAAGCUGACGCCCACACCGGAGAUGACGCCCGGCCAGGAGCUGACGGCCACACUGGAGCUGCCCGCCAGACCCGAGCUGCUACCCAUACCGGAUGUCCCGCCAAGACAGGAGCUGUCGCCCGGACCCGACCUGAUGCUGAGACCAGAGUUGAUGCCCAGACCGCAGCGGAUAUCCGGACCUGAGCUGAUGGAGAGGCUUGAAUUAAUGCCGGGGUCCCAUCUGGUGCCCAGCCCUGAGCUGACCCCCUGCCCGCAGACGAUGCCCUGGCCACAUUGGAAGCCCAGAUCAGAGCCGAUGCACACAGCGGAGCUGAUGCCGAGACCAGAGAUGCCAUCGAGACCCGAGCUGCCGCCCUGGCCACAGUGGAAGCCCAGGUCUGAGGUGAUGCCCACACCUGCACCAACGUUCUGGCCACAGUGGACCCCCACACCAGAGCUGAUGCCCACCCAGGAGAUGAUGCCAAGGCCAAAGCUGACAUGCAGUCCCCAGCUGACUCCUUGGGCAGAGUGGACCCCCAGAUCAGAGCUGAUGCCCACACUGAAGAUGAGGGCCUGGCCGGGGCUGAUACCCAGAGCAGAGAUGAUGCCCUGGACAGGGCCAACACCCGGGAAGGAUGUAUCAGAUCAUGGGAGACCAGAGCAGAGCCUGAUGUCCCUUCAGUGUGGGGCCCAUGGUGGUAGAACUGGUCAAGAAGCUCUUACGUGGCAGUCUCCUUGGUUUGUGGCCUCCAGAAAUGCUCCACCACCCCUGGUGUCUGUCCACAGGUCACAAGAGCUCUACCCAACUCCCCCUUCAUCCGUUAUCGCAUCCCACCAGCACCUCUGUCUCCUUCCUGUCCCCAGUACUCUUGGAAAACGUAAGCGUCAGGAGCCCUUCCUGCUGAGGCCAGCCAAGAGAUGCCCAGGAAGCCCAGCCCAGCCCCAUCUCCAGGAAGCUUGCCAUGAAUGCCUGAGCCUCUGA